AUGUCUUCUCAUAAACUCACCAAAUCUCAUAGUGAAAACCUUAGCAAUAACCAAAUUCACCUCAAUGGUCUCAGUCAUAAGCGAAGCUUAACCAAGCAGGAAGAAGUCGACCUCACCCCUGACCAUCACAACAGCAAACACCACCCAUCAAACGAAGCGGAGCGAUCAGUCAAGGCGGUUCACUCCAUAUCAAUUUGCAUCAACAACUUUGAAGAGAAUUCAGGCGAAGAGAACAUGAGACAGGAAAUGGUUCGCAACGUCAGUGAGGACACUGAAACCAGUAGCCUGGCCGAUGGCGUCAAGGAUAUUCAAAUUGAGGAUGACGAUUUGCGACAAUCUGCGGAUACUUCAGCUCUGCCAUUGAGUGAUCAUUGUGAUGCAAAAGACAAAAAGCGUACAAAGCACUUGGUGAGAUGCGAAGCCGUAAGGGAGUCAAGUCUGUCGCCGCCACCACCACCACCGGCGAGCCUUGACGCAAACGAAGUAAAUUCAAAUAAAAUAUCCUUUACUACCAAUCACUUAACAGUAUAUAGCAAUAACAAAAAUGUAACAGUUAUCAGCAAAAGUUCUCCCCUCAGCAAGAACGGCAGCUCAAACUCGAACAGCGCCGCCUCUUCACCAAGUCUUUCAAGAGAUUCGAGCACGGAGAACACGUUAGAGUGCUCUGGUGCUGAACUGCUGGCCUUUCUAACGGAGUCGUUAAAGAAGAGCCAGAAGGACCGAAUGUACAUGCUGCGAAUUGAACAGGAGAUUAUUCAGCUGAUCAAAGAUAGCUCAAGGGAGUCGCAUAAGUUCAGCUCGGGCUCCUCGUACAAUCGAAUGCUGAUUCACCGCGUGGCGGCGUACUUUGGCCUGGAGCACAAUGUCGACCAUACUCACACCUCGGUGAUUGUUACCAAAACCAAGAACGCUCAUAUUCCCGAGCUGAAGUUGAAGGAGCUGAUCAAGGACGACGAGUCGACGGACGAGCCGAAGAAGUUGAUUCUUAAGCGUGACUCUACCUCGCUGGAGGACUCCUCGGGCAGCAGCUUCGACAAGGACCGAAGCCCCGAGUCGCACCUCAACGGCUCCUUCUCUGACAGCUCGCGCAGUCGGUCGCUGGAGGAACGGGAAGAGAACUACGAGCGAGUGCGUGCUCGCAUCUUCAACAACAGCAACCACAGCAGCAUCAAUGAGGAGCAGAAGGGAACGAUGUCACCUGCUCGGUCUGCCUCUGGCACUUCGCCGUCAAAGGCCACCGAGACGACUCCAAAAACCACCACUGGGGCCACAGAGCCAAAGUCGUCUGCUGAAGGAGGAGGAGAAGUGGCCAAAUCUGCUGCUGAUGCGCCAGCCCCGAAGCUGUCCACUCCCCUUGAAACCGCUACUAGUCUUGAAACUGAAAGUCAACGUGAAUGUGAUAAACCCAAGGAUGCCCUUUUGCCCAAUAACUCGGCUUCAGUCAGUGAUGCUGUCAGCCCUCCUGCACCUCCAGCAGCAUCAGCAACAGCCGCCGGCAGCACUCCGUCAGCUGAUGCCGCACCAUCAGCAGCCACUUCAGUCAACAACAACAACAACAAUGCACCAGUGGCCAACCAGUUUUCCCUUGGCGGCAACCCGUACAUGCAGUCUCCGCUGUUGACCAAUGAACAGAUGCCAAAUAACUACCAGCAGUUUAUGCAGUACAGCAGCAUGCAGCCUAUGUGCGGGCCAAACCCUGGAGUGCCAUACUCGCCGACGGGCAGCAAUCCACUUCCGCUUCAGAACGCUGCCGCCGCCGCAGCCGCCUACAGCUCACUGAUGGGAAUGUCGCCCUAUCAGCAGGCAGCUGCAGCCUAUCACCAACAGCAACAGCACCCGAAUCAGCAUGCGAAUAGCGGGCCACCGAUGCCUCUCAACCUGAUGACUGGAGGGGGAAUACCUCAGCACGCAAACUAUAAGUCAGCCAAUCUGAACGACUAUGAAAAGCAAUUGAAGAGUGCUAAUGGCGGCGGAAACUACGGCAAAGUUCCGUCAAUGCACCAGCAUCAGCAGCAGUCGCCGGCACAGGUAGCACAGGCCGCAGCUGCAGCGGCUGCGGUUGCUGCAGCNCUGAAGAGUGCUAAUGGCGGCGGCGGAAACUACGGCAAAGUUCCGUCAAUGCACCAGCAUCAGCAGCAGUCGCCGGCACAGGUAGCACAGGCCGCAGCUGCAGCGGCUGCGGUUGCUGCAGCAGCUCAACUGAACCACCAAUAUCAGAUGGCGCCUGGUGGUCAGUUCUGUGCCCCUCUUCCUCCUCCUCCUGAAGUAUUAGACCGCAAUGCUCUCGGUCAGGUGCAGUUCAAUGUCGGCAAUGCCCACAUGGGCCCACCGCCACCGGAGCUGAUGAUGAACAGCCGGGCAGCCCUCCAUCAGCACCCUGCUGCUGCUGCAGCUGGUGGUCCCCCAUUUGCGCUCAACUACGGCCAGAAGGCCUCUCGAUAUCCGAAUGACGUCCUCCUCGGCAACCCCAACCAGCUGUCCCAGCAGCAGCAGGCCCAGGCCCAGGCGGCCAUGUAUCUCAGUCACCAGCAUCAGUUGCAACAGCAACAGCAGCAACAGCUUCACCACCAGCAGAAGCAGUACUAUGGUGGUAGUAGCAAGCCGAACGGAGCUGCUGCUGGCGGCGGUGGAGGUGGGAGUGGCAAGUUUUCAAACAGUGGUGGUCGAGGAGGCAACGGCAGAAGAGGUGGUGGCACUGGCGGCGGUGGUGGUCCGAACUCCAAUCGAAAGUACUGA